AUGUCAGGUUGUUGGGUUUGACAUUACAUUUAUCUGCACUACAAGUCCUUUCUUACUACCGAUCUAGUAGCUUUGAUUAGCAAGUUUCAACUCCCAAGAUUGCGUUGCUUGAAUGGGUUGCAGGUUUGGGUCGCAUGUGUCCUGUUCAUUCAGGCAUGCAUCGAUCGCGAUGGCCAUUAAUUAAGAUUGGUUGGCCCUAUGCCCAUCAUGAUAAUGCAUCCACCAACCAUUUACUCAAGCCUCCAAUAAUUUAUAGACUUUAGUCAGUAAAACUCGUCUUAUGGUACAGUUCUAUCGUUAGGUCUCAUCAGUUGCUUAGGUGGUAUCUAUAGUUUAACCCGACUUUUAAUUAUAUCUGUUAAGGAAAGGAUAGCACACUUGUGUCUGAAGUCUUUACUGGUUUCAAAACUGUAAGAGCCAUGAUAUUUCUUUCCCGAAAUAUGUGCCUAUUAUUACAAAGCGAAAUGCAGAAGACAUGUUAAUUCCAUCUGAUUGUUACGAGGGUGUACCAAAUUUUUCUAGGCUUGAGCUGGCUUGCCCUUUUUCUGGCAUCUGUCUAUUUAUAGUUUAUACUCUAGUUUUUGUGCUCCUGAAGUACCCCGCUCAGUCCAGUCAUGCUGUUGUUACACUUACACCUUGAACUGACCUAUAGCACCAAUCAGCCUUCCCAAUUUGUUUUAUGCUUGCUUGUACCUUCAGCCAUGAGCCAGAAGCGCCUCCAUGGAUUCACCAAAAUGAGAGUUGCAAGACAAAAUAGCUGCAUGCCUCCUCCAGGGCAAUGUUGGUGGUCUACCAGCUGUUGAUUAGCUGGUGGAGGCAAACUUUUUCAUGCUUCUUGAGCCUCCAUAUUCUUCAAGUUUUGGUAUUUCUUAGUAUUAAUUCUUCUUUGCAGAGGAAGUUUUUGGCUGGAAGGGCGUGCAGCCCUCAAUGUUGUUGAUUGAAAUAUGCUACAAAAUUAGACAAUGCUUCGUUUUUUUAAAGAAAAGAUUACACAAUGUGUAAAUAGUGUUGGGCUUUUCUUUCAACAAGGCAUUAUCUCUCUUCUACGUUUGUGCAUGUUAUCAAUCUUCAUGUUUUGAGGAGUUGGGAUAAUAUUUAUUUGUUUGAUCAAACAUGCGUUGAGCAAUGGGAAACAGCUCGACAUCAAUUGAAGAGUUGAUUAACUAUUGUAGUUCUGGUGUUUGACAGACGUUGAUAUGUUCCUUUUCCUUGAAUACAUCUUGAAAUACAACAAAGGAAAUUAAUGAUGCGAGUCAUUCUGUAUUGCAUUUUGGGAAGUUUGUAAUAGUUUGUGUUUGUAUCUUGGUUAAUGCAGAUACUUUUGUCAAACAUGAUUUUAAGGCUCAUCUUAGGAUGGUUGUGGUGUCUCAUCCACAUGGCAAUCAGCCUCUUUGAUUUAUGGUCAUGCUUGAGUAAGAAACUAGAAUGCUACCUCAUUUCAUUUGAGUUGUUGUCCAAGUACCAAAUUCUACAUCUUGAGAGACUUAAGUGCUUGGGAGUGGUAGUGGAUAGCAGAGAAGCAAAGAACGUUAUGGAGGUCAAACAGCUUUUACACUGGUUCUCCACUGUUGGAAUCAAGUAUGUAGUUCUCUAUGACAUAGAAGGAGUAAUAAAGGAAUCAAUUGAACAUGGUAUUGAAACCUCAAGAGAUGAGAACACAAGUAAUUUUUCAAAUAUUUGUGCAAACACCAAGAGUUCACAUUGUAGCCAUGGAGGGAUGGUUAUAGAGUGUCUUUCUGGUUCUGAUGGCAAAGAAGGCAUUGCGAAAGCAGCAAACUUACUUUAUUCAGCUUCCUGCAAAGGCUGCAACAACUAUGCAACCUAUACUCACGGAUAUGAUAAAAUGGAUACUGUUUUUACAGAAGCUGACAUGGCUAGUGCAUUGAGAGCAGUAGGCAGCGGCGGACCAGAGCUUGAUCUUCUUCUUGUGUAUGGUCCAGUUAGAUGCCAUUUGGGAUUUCCUUCUUGGAGAUUACGUUACACAGAGAUAAUGCACAUGGGACCGCUGAAAUCAAUGAAAUACAGUUCCAUUGUGAAAGUCUUGUGUCAGUUCACACAGAAACAUCAAAAUUAUGGUACGUGAAGGUGGAUACAAAUGUAAACGAGGACCCAUUUGUUGUGUACAAGACCCAGCUUCCAGAACUGACCUCCGAUUAAAAGUAAAAAUCCUGUCGUAGCGGCUAUCCCCUUUAUGCUGCCUUUGUGUAGAGUCAAAGGGAACGUGUUGUGUGGUGAAACACUGAAAGCCCCCAUGGCUUAUGGCUUAAGGCAGCAUAUAUGCACGAGGAGCUUGUAUUUUAUUGUAGAAAACUGAAUUAACUCCCAUAGUUUAUUGUUGUACACUAUACUAUAUCAAAUGAAAGUUUGUGUGCCAAUUAAUUUUGUGCUUGAUGUUUUA